AUACUACAAAAAAAUAUAGGGUUCUGCUGAGUUGUAAAACGCGUUUUUGACAGGCUAAUUCAUGAUUAUCUAUCCUUUGCCUCCUCACACAUUAUAAUAUGUGCGAGCGAGAAAGAUUUGACGAACGGCGUAAACGUUUGACAUCAUGGAAUGUCCUUUUUGCUUUGGUCGGAUUUUUAAAGCGCUUUCAUUGGACGUAAAGCGCAUUUAUACAGCGCCAUUUUGUCGUUACUUUGCUGAAUGAUGUAAGAAUAGUCUUUCUUACAUUAUUUUAAUUACCUACCUACCUAAAAACGUCAUAAAUUUUUAUUGGUUAUUACCUACCUACUGUUUUGUGAAAACUCUACAAUGUAAGAAGAUGAUCAAACUAAGAGAAUACCUGGUACUGGAUAAAUUGAUCAACUCACUUGAAGUCUUGAAUAAAGAUUUUAUAUAAGUACCUAAUAAUUAAAGAGCAAGCAUUAAAGAAGGGUGUUAAGUCAUAACUUCUGUUUAACCAAGCAAUGCAAUGGAAAACCCUGAAGACCCUGAUGAUGAUCACUGGGAUCAUGAAAGCACAAUGGCCAUGCUAUCCAUGUACUUACAGAAUAUAGAUAAAUUUAGAAAUCCUAAGAUAAAGAAAAAGAAUGUUUGGAUUGAUAUUUCAAAUGCAAUUGGUAAAUGCCCUGAUAGUUGUGACAAAAAGUUUCGAAAUCUGAAACUUACAUACAUACGACUGCUGAAGAAGAAAGUUCAAAGUGGUGCCACAUGGAUUAAAUGGCCAUUCUUUGAGUUAUUUGAGGAAAUAUACAGCGUCGACGGUGAAUACCAACCAGAAAUACAACAAAAAUUAAAAGAUGGCACCACCGAUAUAAUUACAAAAGCCUUACUGAAUAUUGGCACCACAUCAAACAUAGAAGAUAACCCUGAAGCAGGACAAUCGUCAAGUACAGUUCAAAAUGAAGAAGUUCAUAAAAGAUUAAUGAGGAAAAGGAACGCUGAAUUUAGAAAAGUAACAUUAGAAAUGAGAGAUCGUCAAAAAGUUGUGGAGGAAAAAUUAGAUAGACUGAUUAAUAUUGUAGAAGAAUCUAAUAGUAUACAAAGAGAAAGAAACAGACUAUUUGAACAUUUUUUAAGUAGACUAAGUCAUACAAACACAAAUUGUUAAUCUUCAAAAGAAUUUGACUAAGAGUGGGUUGCACGAACUAACUUUAACUUUAACC